CGGCUGUCUGUAAGCGUGAUAGUACUAUCUUAAACCGUGAUGAAUAUGAUUGUGAUUGACCAGCAUGUUUCUAACCUGCUGGAACCGCUGUUUAAUUCGCUAGGUUGUGAUCAAUAUGAUGAAUUAAAAAACGACAUCUACCUAUCACAAGCAGCGUAGUUUUGCGUUGAAUUAAAAAAUGACAAUUUAUAGUUUUUGACGAAGCGUUACAGGCUUACAGCAGCGCUGAAUUAUCGAAGGCACGGUUACCCUAAGGACCGUGAUCAGCUGAUGUGUUCAUAACUGAUUAUAAUUUUCUUAUCAUUGUGCUAAAAAGUGAUAUCAAUAACUAAUUUAUUAUUUUAUUUGGUAUUUUUCAAAAAUAAUUUUUGUAAUUCUGUGGGUUACGAGUUGUGACUGAACAACUGAAUAUCGAUUAUAAAAUAUAUAUUUUAAAUUAUAAUAAUAUAAAAGUUGACUAAGCUAAGUUAUACUGUUACAGUAUAAUAUUUUACUUUUUUAAAGUCUUAAACAUUGUAUAUUUUUUAAGUUCAUGUGACAUUGUACAGCAUACAUAUAAGUAGGUAUUAUGUCCAUAAAAAAUAAUUACCUAGUACCUACUAACUAAACUUACUAUGUAAUAAGUUCCAGAAUCUACAUUCAACAAUAUCUUGCAGCUACUUUGUUAUAUCAGGAAGUCAAUCAAAAAUGUUUUCUAGAAAAAAUAUUUUUACAGAACUUUUUUUUAAGUCAUUAAGUUUAGCUAAUACAAAUCAUUAUUUUAAAACAUUAAAUCAAGUUAAAAACCAUUCGACAUUUCACAAAUGGACAUUAGAUUAUUUCAGAAACCAACCACCGUACAAUAAGUUUGUAUUAAAAGAAUCUAUAACUGAAGACAAAAAAUCUCUUUACAGCCCUAUUAAUUUAAAUGCAACUGCUACUGACGAAUUACUUAUGAACUAUUUUUCAUUAAAAAAUGUUUCCCAUCAUGAAAUUGAUAAAGAACUAGCAAAUCGAGUAGAUGAUAUGUCAAUUAAUCAGAUACUUGCAUUAAUGGAUGCCUGUUUAUCUGGAAAAACCCAGUUCCACAAAACUUCAAGGUCAUUUAAAAAAUGUAUUGAAUUAAUGAAUGAAUUAUGGUUUCGAAGACCUGACUUAACUACUUCACAAACUAUACAGUUGAUUUAUUAUGUCAGUAUAUACAAAAAUAAGACAAAACAAGUAGUCGAGUUUGGAUUACAGAAACUAAUGAAUGAAAUCGAUCAUUUGAAAAAAUUAACUGAUGAAGAAUUAAGUGUUAUAGCUGUAGCAACAUACAAAACUAGUGCUAAAGUUUAUGAUAAAAUGCUGAGAAUAUUUGCUUACAGAGUUGAAAGAAACUUAGAUAAUCUCAUACAAAACCCUUUAAAUUUUGUGUCUAUUAUUAAACCACUUAAAAGAGCAAAGUAUCAUGACCCCGUAUUGUUAACCCAACUGAUAAAGGCUUUUAGUAGUAAUAAAAAUAACAAAGUCUUGGAAGAUGUGACUAGUAGCAUUCAUCUUCUUACAUACUUUGCAGAUGCAAAUUGUGGUGAAGUAGACUUUUUGCAACAAUUGAUUGAUUCUAUUGGCAAUAUUAUGAUUAAAGAUUGUUUAAAACAUUACCGAAUCAAAGAUGUUUCUAACUAUGUUUUUUCAGCCAGUUACUUAGGUCUAACUCCAAAGAAUCCUAAUGUGUGUAAAAUGAUUAUUAAUUUCUUAGAGAACAUUUUUAACUCUAAAGAAAAAUGUGAAAAAAUGUCCAAAACAUUAAUAGGAAUGUGUUUAUCAAUGUGGAUGUUGAAUUAUAAACCAAUACAAUUAAUGCAGUUUAUGUUUUUUGAAGUACCUGUUGCAGCUUUAAGAAUGCCUAAUGCUCACAAACAAGAUAAUAGACUGAAUCUUUUGUUAACAUGUGCCCAUAUUGAACAGCCCGAUUUAAUAAUGGGAUAUAAAUUAAUUGAUGAACAAACCACAAACUCCAUGCCUGAUCCUUACAAACAUUUAGCGGAACGUCCAUUCUUGGUAAUGGUGUAUCAAUCCCUGCAAAAAUUAUAUCAUGAAUUGGAUAUAAUGAAUGUAGAAUAUAAUUUCAGUAUACCUUACUUGAGAAUAUUAGGAAUAAAAAUUAUUAGAACAAAUGGCGAAACCAUUUAUGUAGAAGUUUUGGACAGUAGUAAUUGUCUUUAUGAUACAUUAAUUCCAAAUGGUAUGAUGAAACUCAAAUUUCGUCUUGAGUCAAAGUUAAAUUUUUUUGUUAUUAAAGUGAACCAUAAUGAAAAUACAUUGCAGAAUCCAGUAGCAUUGAAACGCCACUUGGAAUCAUUACUAUCCGACAAAUAAUAAACUUUUAAAAUAUUGAAAUGUAAGAUUUAGUUAUUUUUCUGAAUUGGCUAGUCAAAUAAAUUUAUAAAUUAAACAGGUAAUAAGUAAUUAUAAAUGAAAAAUUACCUCUAUGUAAAUUCUACUAUAAUUUCUAACUAUUCAUUAACUAAUUACUGACUGUUGUGAAUAUUAUAUUAAAAAAUAAACUCGUUCCAUUUAAAUAAUAAA